AUGAAUUCGGAGGAGGACUCAAGAGACACUGAAGCAGUCGUUAUUCACACUUCAAUUCUAGCUUUCGCAAUGGUCUUGUCAUUCAUUGGAAACACGUUCAUUAUUUACGCGUUGUACAGAAACAGAAGACUACGCACUAUAACAAAUUUCUACGUCGCAUCGCUUGCUUUGGUCGACAUGAUGAUGGCUAUGUUAAGCUUUCCUUUCCAAGUGACCGCCUCUGGAUUGCGAAAAUGGAUUUUUGCACACAACUUCUGUCAGCUCACUGGAUUUGUAGUACAAUACUGGGUUCAAGUGUCACUUUCCAUUCUGACUCUAGCCUCACUAAAUCGAUAUUUCUGCGUCGUGAAACCAA